CCGCCCCCCUAAUACAUUCUUUCCGCCUUCUCUUCUCUUUCCCUGUCUCCUCCCUCUUCCAUUUUCGCCUCUCUUUAAGCCUUAACCCCCCCCUUAAACCUCUCAAAUCUCUCUCUCUCUCUCUCUCUCUCUCUCGGAAGACUUGCAUAAACAUUUUUUUCUCUCUUGACAUCUUCCUCUUCUUUCUCAGUAUCUCGGUUAGCAUCUAAGUGCUGUUUUGUUAUCAGAGAAAGUUUUAAUGGAUGGUGCUAUGGGUCUGUUAGGUGGUGGUGGUGGAGGAGGUUCGUCGGGCGGCUCGACGGAUGGGUCGAUGUCGACGGUGUCGAAGGCGGAGGUGGUGGAGCAGGACUAUGUGGGGUUGAUGUCUGAGGUGUCUUCUUACCCAGCUGAGGCUGAGCUUGAGUUGGGUCUUGGGUUGAGCCUUGGUGGUGCAAUGAAAGCUAAGCCUUGUGCCUGGAGGGAGUAUGGUAGGAUCUUGACUGCUAAGGAUUUCCCUUCUGUGGUUUCUCGUGGUUCUUCUGCUUCUUCCUCUUCUUCUUCUGGUAGAGGUACUUCUACGACUGCUAUUACUGGAACCAAGAGAACUGCUGAUACUGUUGCUCAGGAUGUUGGGCAUGCUAAUGGUGCUAGCAGUCAGGUUGUUGGGUGGCCACCCAUAAGGGCUUAUAGGAUCAACAGCUUGGCUAGCCAGGUGAAGGCAUCCACCGCUGAAGAAGAUGAUCAUUCCAUAUUUGGGAAUGAUAAAAACAAGAAUUCUGCCAAAAAGGAUACUAACAACAGUAACAACAAGAACAAUAGCAACAUUCAGGAGAAAGGGUGUCGGAGGAGUUCCCUAUUUGUGAAGGUGAAUAUGGAUGGAGUACCAAUUGGGAGAAAGGUGGAUCUGAAUGCUCAUUCCUGCUAUGAGUCACUUGCACAAACAUUGGAGGAUAUGUUCCAUAGACCCACCACAACUGUUAAUGCUAAUCGUUCAAGUGGAGAAAAGGAACACAACUUGAUGGUAGAAGCAGCAAAAUCCUCCAGACUGUUGGAUGGUUCAUCUGAGUUUGUGCUGACUUAUGAAGACAAGGAAGGAGAUUGGAUGCUUGUCGGAGAUGUUCCUUGGGGGAUGUUUCUAAACACUGUGAAGAGGCUUAGAAUCAUGAGGACCUCCGAGGCCAAUGGACUUGCUCCAAGGUUUCAAGAAAGGGAUCAGAGACAAACCCCAGCUCCAAGGCUUCGAGGCUCCAAGCCCAUCUAGCACUGUCAUUUCAAUUAUCUUGGUAAACCCCAGUAACAUGGAGAAAAACCCACAAUUAAAAGUAAAAAUCAAUAAGGAAAAAAUAGCCCAGUAAAGAUCAGUCAGCUGCCAUCACUUGCUUGCCUCGUCUCUUUUUACCCGUUCUCUGUGAAUUAUAGCUUUUUUUUUAUUUUUUUUAUUUUUUUUGUUGUAAGGCAUAUUUGUCUUAGGUUUCGCAUUUCUUAUGUGUAGUGUCUUUGUUAUACAUACACACUUGGCUGAAUGCUGCUUUCUCAUACUGUAAAUAUGGGACUGCUUGAUUUCAAGGUUUUGAAUUUAGUUCAACCCGAGUGUAUUCGGCAUUAACUUGUUAUGAAAAAAGUUUGCAUAGCUUCUAAUGCUUGGGAUUUCCA